AUGUCCAAUGACCUUCAGGUCAUCGGUAAUGAGUACCCGGUCACCUCGCCAACGUAUGGGCCGUCGGGUGACCUGUUCGCGGUGUCUGCCUCGGGCGACAUCUUUCGCUACUCAACCGCCGAAGGCUAUGAUGGCGAGUUCCAGAUGGAGGCUUGGGGAAACUCCUCAGGGCAGCCUAUGGGCAUAGACUUUGACAGCCAGGGCGUGGCCUUCGUGUGCGACGCGGCGCACCAAGCGAUCUUCCGGAUCCUGCGCGUAGAAAGAGAAGGUGGCACCUUCGCGCACCAAAUUGACCCCUACGUCAAGGAGUACGAGCAGUCUCAGUUCCUGGGGCCAAACUCGCUCUGCUUGUCACGGCAGACCGGCAUGCUCUACUUCACAGACAGCGGGCCCUUUGGCGAGACCUCGCUGCAGAACCCUCGUGGUUCGGUCUUUGCCAUUAGCCCCUCGACGCAGCUGUUGAUCCCACUGUGCCUCAACACUCUUGCACAUCCUUGCGGCGUAGCUUUGUCUCCGGAUGAGAAAAACAUCUACGUUGCAGAGAUGGCAAUGAACCGCAUCCUCCGAUUCACGCAGCACCCGCCGCAAGUCUUUCACUGCAGCGUUUUUGCCCAACUCUCUGGGCGCUUCGGCCCCACGGCAUUGGCAGUCAGUGCUGCUGGUGACAUCUACGUUGCCCACUUUGAUUUUGCGGACAAUGCGGAGACGGGCCGAGUGGUCGUGUUGAAUCCAGAAGGGGAGGUCACUGCGGCAAUAAGCGUACCGGGGCCAGAGAUCACAGGCCUCUGCAUCUCUCCGGAUCAGAGGCACUUGGUUGUCACGGAGCGAUCAACCACGUCUCUGUACAGAACGCCAUUGCCAGCGUGA